AUGCCCAGCCAACUAGCCAUGCCGAUCCCGGUUGCGCCCGGCCGCAGCAGCCUCCAGGUCUUCUCGUCGCAGGACCUCUACGCCAGCCUGAACAACUCCCUCGCAUCAAAGUCCACCAUGUCCGUAUCGCACACCAUCCAGGACCGCGACUACACCGUUCCCGCUCCCCCACCGCCGAGCCCCGUCAGCUUCCGCGUGCACCCGGAUCAGCGACCGAAGCCGCCUCGCUCUUGA